CGGGAAGCACCAAUCCCCCGCUUGAGAUUCAAGCCUUCUCAACUGUACUCUGCUCUUUAUUCGUUAAUGGAGUUUACAACUGCUGCUGCUGCUUCUGCUUCUUCUUCGUCUUCUAGGGUUCUUAAUAGCAUCACCCAGUUCUCAUGUUUUACAGCAACCUUACUUCAAAAACCAAGCUUCUGUAAUCCUUCUAAUGCUUCACUUCGCUUCUCUGCACCAUUUUUUAGCGGAGAUUUCUCUUGCAAAUCCACUCUCAAAGACACCGUUACGUCUAUCUCUAAGAUGGGUGCGCGUGACUUUGAGCUUUCGAAUUUGACGGCGUUGUCGCCUUUGGACGGCCGGUAUUGGGGUAAAGUGAAGGACUUGUCUCCUCAUUUGAGUGAAUACGGGCUAAUUUAUUAUCGCGUUCUGGUUGAGGUUAAAUGGUUGCUGAAACUCUCCCAAAUUCCUGAAGUUCCUGAGGUUCCCAGUUUUAGUGAAGAAGCUCAGAUUUAUUUACAAGAAUUGAUUGAUGGGUUUAGCAUGGAUGAUGCCUUGGAGGUUAAAAAUAUUGAGAAAGUGACAAACCAUGACGUAAAAGCAGUGGAGUACUUUUUGAAAAAGAAAUGCCAAUCACAUCCAGAGAUUGCUAAGGUGCUUGAAUUUUUCCAUUUUGCUUGCACAUCCGAGGAUAUCAACAAUCUGGCCCAUGCAUUAAUGCUUCAAGAAUCAAUGAACAAGGUCAUUUUUCCCAUAAUGGAUGAAUUGAUCACAGCAAUAUGCAACAUGGCUGAAGAUAAUGCUUCCAUCCCGAUGCUUUCCCGCACUCAUGGACAGCCAGCUUCACCUACAACUUUGGGAAAGGAAAUGGCAGUUUUUGCUGCCAGGUUAAGUGAACAAAGGCAGGAAAUUUCUCAAGUUAAGAUAAAGGGGAAGUUUGCUGGUGCAGUUGGAAAUUACAAUGCGCACCUUAUUGCAUAUCCUGGUGUCAAUUGGCCUCUAAUUGCCAAAGAGUUUGUGGAAUCUCUGGGAUUGUGUUUUAAUCCAUAUGUCACUCAGAUUGAACCACAUGAUUAUAUGGCAAGGCUUUUUCAUGCCAUUAUGAUAUUUAACACUAUAUUAAUUGAUUUUGAUAGAGACAUAUGGGGCUACAUAUCCUUAGCAUACUUUAAGCAGAUAACCAAGGCUGGUGAGAUUGGGUCCUCAACAAUGCCUCACAAAGUAAAUCCUAUUGAUUUUGAAAAUAGUGAAGGUAAUCUUGGUAAAGCCAAUGGAGGUUUAUCUCAUCUCAGCGAGAAGUUACCUAUUUCACGUUGGCAGCGUGACUUGACUGAUUCAACUGUUUUGAGGAAUAUGGGUGAGGGCUUGGGACAUUCUCUUCUUGCCUACAAAAGUGCAUUGCAGGGGAUAGGGAAGCUUCAGGUGAAUGAAAGUCGCUUGAGUGAAGACCUGAGCCAAUCAUGGGAAGUGCUUGCUGAACCAAUACAGACAGUAAUGCGCCGAUAUGGUGUUCCUGAGCCUUAUGAGAAGCUAAAAGAGCUAACAAGAGGAAGGGCUGUUGCUAAAGAAAGUAUAAGAGAGUUCAUUCAAGGCUUGGCAUUGCCAAAAGAAACAAAAUCCUAUCUUUUGGAGUUAACACCCCAUACCUAUGUUGGAGCAGCUAUUGAAUUGGGUAAAUCCGUGAAUGUCACUAUGAAUUUAGUAAAUGGCGUGAGAGCUUUAUAAACUGAUAGCUAAAAGUUGCCCAAGAUAAUAACCACAUUGUAUGCCGGCCAGAUGUUGUAGGAUAAGAUUGAGUACUAGGCUGCUACAUGGAUCAUGAUCAAGUAGAAUGUGAUCUUUAAUUGGGAGGAGAAGAGGAUUUAAGAUUUUCUGCAUAAAGAAUGUUAUUUUGUUAUUGAAAGGGAUCAUUAUCUCAUAUGCUACCUUACUAGAGAGUUAUUACCUUCUGUUAUUUCUCAUAGUAGGGUCCUGUAGCGGAAUAAUUUUAGGGACUUCAACCUUUCAACAUUUUUAUGAGAAAUAGUAGCAGCACUUAGGACUCUACUGGUGAUUUCUGGUUGCAACGCCUAGAUUCUUGCUGUUUUAUCAAACAGUGACCCUCUGGAGAACGAGGACUGAAAUUUUGUAAAUGAUAUUAUCCUAUUGAGCUUUUCUUCAAUUCUUGGGUUCAA